AUGUGGCAUAACGUGGUGACAUGGGCGUCAGCGGCCGUGGGCGGGGUGUCUGCGGAUGAGUGCCUGUCCUGCAGAGCGAGUCCAUGUAGGCGUGUGACCGGCAUCUUUACCCGCCCGUCGCUCCCCGUGGGCUACAACCUCAUCGCGAGGGUGCCGGCGCGGGCGUGCAACCUGACCGUGAGUGAGAUGGCCCGGUCGUCGAAUUUCCUGGGUGAUCUACCAGGCCCCCAACCAGGGCGUUCGCUACGAGUACUGGCACCCCCUGGGCCCCACCUUCCCCCCGCCCCCCGAGGCCCAGGUCGCGGCCCCGGCAGAGGCCACGCCCACUCGCACCCUCACCCCGCCCACCAUCCCCACCGUGGGCGUCACCGCGGCCCGGCUCCCCUGCAGGACGUCCAGCCCGCCUACGUAGCCCCGCCCACCUACUACGACGAGGACCAUGUGGGCGUGUCCGAAACGGGCGUGGUCUCCCCCGUCGUCCCCGCCUCCGCGACUCAGGGCGUGGGCGGCUACCUGGCGGAAGGCGGGGAGGCGAGCGUGGGCGGCCUCCCUCGCGCGGGCGGCUCGGAGGUGGGAAGGGGCGGGGCACCGGCGUGGAAGGUGUGGAAGUUCACGCCCUGUUCCAGAACCUGCGGCGGAGGACAGCAGCAGACGGUGUACAUCUGCACGGGCGUGGGCGGCACCGUACUGACAGAGGACAGGUGCCAGGCGCCCAAACCACCACCGCAAACAGUUCAUUGCAACCCGCGACCCUGCCCGCCCGAGUGGCAGUUAGGUGAAUGGUCUCAGUGCUCCGUCACCUGCGGCACUGGCAUCACGACAAGAACCUGGGCAUGCGUUCAGGAGGUGACACCUACCCUCAUCCGAGCUGUACCCCCUGCCACAUGCCCUUCACCUAGCCUGCAAACGAUGGUGCCCCUGAUUCAGCCUUGUACUAUGGCCCCGUGUACGCGCUGGGAAGUCACGGCGUGGAGUCAGUGCUCCGUGGAGUGUGGCACUGGCCUCAAGUCCCGCCAGGUCACGUGUCUAGCGGAGGGCCGGAAGGUGCCAGACGACCAGUGCAACGUCCAGGAGAAGCCGCCCAAGCAGGAGCUGUGUCACGGGCAUACCUGCGCCCACCACACCUGGUUCUACACGGAUUGGUCGGAGGAGUGCACGGGCGGCUGCGAGGACGGCAUCCAGACCCGCCGCGUGUGGUGCUCUCCGGGCGUCAACUCCGUGGAGGGCGAGUGCGACGAGACGCAGCGGCCGCCCGAGAGCAGGCCCUGCGCGCGCGCGCCGACGCCUGCGCCGCCGCCUGGUUCACGGGGCCCUGGACGCCGUGUUCCAAGGAAUGCGGGAACGGAACGACCACGCGAGAGGUCGUGUGCGUCGUGUUCCUCAGCGGGACCUUCAGGGCGACGCUGGACAUCGAGUGCAACCCUGACUCUCGGCCGAACAGCACUCAACCUUGCAACCCUGAUGUGUGUCCUCCGCAUUGGUAUUACACCGAUUGGUCUCAGUGUUCGCGGACGUGUGGUCGAGGAGCCAGGACAAGAGCCGUGCAGUGUCUCGACCAGGACCAGAGACCCUCCACUCGCUGCAUAAUUUCACAGAAGCCGCAAAUCACUCGCACUUGCAACGGGCCGCCGUGUGUUGGGCCCUCGGGAACUAAGUAUACAGAACGGAACUGCGUCGACCGCUUCAUGAACUGCAAGCUGGUCCAGCAGGCCCGCCUCUGCCGCUACUCCUACUACCGAACCGUCUGCUGCGCUUCCUGCUUCCUACAGUAACUCCAGAGGGCGUCUGGCACCUGCGGGACGUCCGAAUUCGAGAAGAAAUGCGUCGGAGAUUGACUGGACUGUCUCCCUUGUGUGUUCCGGAGUCUGCAGAGAACACUGUGCUGAACACCUUGAUAAAAAUGUUUCUUUAUGAUUGUUUUUAUUUGCGUCAUUAUUAUCUAUAUACCUUUUUUGUUCUCAUUUUUUUCUUUUUUUAUAUAGUGUACAUUAAAUUAAAUAAUGAACAUGCAUUUAAAUCGGGUUAUAAUAUUGCUUUGGAUUCGAGAUUUUGUCAGCAUAUAAUCUUGAGCCAUGGAUGGACAUGGGAGGGGGGAGGGGGGGAUCCUGCGAAACACAUGUGUCUUGUAAAUAAGCCAAGAAGAACAGCUGCAUAACACCUCUAUCUUGCCAUUCUUGAGUAAUAAGUGUCAUUCUUGAGUGCAGAGACAACCAUGCAUCUGUGCUCACAAAAUAGCUGUCUGUCAACCAUGAAGAACACCUGUAGUGAACGUGAACUCUAACCGAACUGAUUCGUAUCCGGACAGCAAGAUUUUUUUUAAGAACAUUUAUUUUUCUUCCUUUUUUCUGCCAUUAUGACUACACCACAUUUUUUUAACCCUUUUUGUUCCUAACUAUAAACAAGAUGAAAUUUAUAUCAACAAACAUUGAUAAGCUCUCUAUAUGAUUUUUUUUCUAAAUUUCAAUAACUCCUCUCCGUUAAAAUAAUCAUUAAACUAAUAAUAACAUUUUUGAAAACAUUUUACUAAUGGAACUUAAAACGAUAGUGUUCUUGUUUACUUAAGAGAUCCAUCUUUCCAUAACUGUGAUCUUCCUUUUUCACUAUAUAUAUAUUUUAUUUUCUCUUUAAGUUUAUGUCAACAAUUUCGUGUUAAGUUGCAAUAAUAUUGUGAUGUAAUGACCCAAGGUAACAUGUAACAAGGUAUAUUAAUAUAUGUAUAACAAAGAA